AGAUGGUGACCGAUCAGGAAAGUGGGCCGAGUGAUUCUUCAGUGGAACUGACAGAUGAUCUGGAGGAGGACUUGUGUAAAGUUUGGGACAUGGCUAUGGAUAAGGAUGUGGCUGUUUUUCUUCAGGAGUUCAAAGCUCAAGACAUCUUGCUGGGUGUGAUCGCAAAGUCACGUAGUCCGCGGCUCACGGAAAUCUGUGUUGGAAUUCUGGGUAAUAUGGCCUGUUUCCACGACACAUGUGUAUCUCUCAGCCAGAGCUCUGACCUGUGCUCUGUGUUACUUCUUCUGCUCGGGGACAAUGAUCCACCUACGCUCUUGGAGACUUGCAGGCUCCUGCUAACGUGCCUGUCUCAGCCUGAUGUCGCCCCUCUGUGGCUGGAGAGGAUACGGCAGCAGCCGGCGGUGUGUGGCAGUCUGUGUUUCAUCAUGAGCAGCUCCACCAAUGUGGAUUUGCUGGUUAAGGUUGGGGAGCUGGUGGAUAAGCUCUUUGAUGAGGAUGAGGAGAUGAUGAAGAGUUGGGUGUCCACCCCAGCCAGCGACAGUGACCCAAACAAGGACACACAGCAGGACAUCGCGUCUUCUCUGCUUGAGGCGGCCACACAGCUUAGGUCAGAAAGUCCAGAGGCUCUUGAAGUGUAUCUUCAUUCACUCCAGCUUCUGACUACAGUAGAAGAGGGCAUGCAGGCUCUGGUAUCAGAUGGAGCUUGUGGUCACGCGGUGUGGACGUUUGUGUGUAAGAUAGUAUGUGAGGAUUUAUGUCAAGCAGACGAUCCUCCUCUCAUCCUGCAGGAGCAGAAAGCUCUCCUGGCCCCAGCGCUCGCCUUACUCUCAGCGUUACACUCCAGCCUGCAGACAGCUAUCAGUACAGAAUUAUUAGGAAGUCUUAUUCGCAUUCUGCAGUUCAAUACUGAAUGGCGUCAGAGCCGAACAGCUGAAAACUCCGAAUCGGAAGAGAGUCAGAAAGAAGAAGUGAAGCAAGAGGAAGAUGAACAGCUCAAGGCUUUAGUCGAAACCACAGCAGAGUUCCUCUCAGCCGUCCUUAUGCAACUGAAUAAGGAUCUGUUGUCAUCUAUAGUCAAGGAAGGGUGUUUGACAGAGAGAAGCUGUGUGUCUGCUGUUGGCACCCUCGUACCUCAACAUAUAACGGCGGUCCAGCACCUGGUUAGCUUGUUGUCAGAAGUGGAACCGAAACUGGCAGACAUUAUAAAAAAGGACUUUUCUAUUUCAACCAAUGUGUCAAGCUGAAGCAUCUAAAAGGAAACAUUCUUCAGCGAAGUUCUCCGACCCAAAAGACUGGAGAUAAGUUCAUCUCCUUAUAAAAGGACUCGUCUUUUGUUUUGAUACAACAAAAAAUAAAAUGGCUUUCGUUAUAUCUUAAAAUAUUUGUUUCAAUUGUGUAUAUUAUCGUUUUGUUUGUAUACACCAGCAUUUCUAUUUAGUAAACA